ACUUCCUGAAUGGUUUUCUCUCGAGCCGUCGGUUGUAUUGACUUUGUAUUGACUUCAUGCUUAAUCGUUUUGAGUUCUACUGCCCGCCUAUCUCGUGCAUGCUACGCAUGUUUAGAUUGUCAGUGACUUCCUAUUUACAAGUUGGCUGAUUUGCUAGUGUACAUUAAAAUAGUUUUGGACUAUGACGAGAUUUUAUGCUGACGAGCUGAUUUUGUGCAUGCCACAGAGCGAAUGUAGCUUGGUGUUGCAUUUAACAUGCAACGGCACGCUAAACACAACCUAGUUAUGUGCAAACAUAUGUUUUUUGCACUCGCGCAUGUUUACAGCAUUGACUAAAGUUUUACUUUCCUGAUCAUUUAUCUACUGUCAUUGUCCGUACGUGUGUCAUAGCCGAUUGUGUUAGAGAUAUCCUUCGAGGGUGUUUUCCUGUCGCAGGAAUCCAUGUGAUAUUGACCCGCAAUCAGUGUGUAUCCUUGACUGACGACGUCGGAGAUUGAACGGUGUGGGGCUGGCGCACAUUGUACUCCUGACGCAGUGACGAGAGGCAGAUAGCGCCUGCCAAAACCGUCUCGAGCAGGGGCAGGAUCGGUAUCGUGCACGAGGGGAUGCGCUACAAACACGUCUCUGUUCUUGUUCUCCGCAGGAAAGCAAUCCAGGGAGACAUCAAGCUCCCGACAGAAAACGGAGACUCCAGACCAAUUCGUGCUACACCUGACUGGGGGGAAUCUGCUAUCAAUGGGGACCAUCUAUGGACUGCCACUAGUGCCUCAGGGGAUCUCUGUUAUGUGGGUGAAAGUGAAUGCUCAAAACACGGGCCCCGGAUGAAAUGCCCAGCUUGUAAGAUAACUGUUCAUGCCGGAUGUGUUAGCAUUUUAAGUGAUAAGAUGAAGUUUCAGUGCAAACCCACCUUCAAGGAUGUCGGUAUCAGACAAUACAGAGAGCAAACUGUGAUUCAGCACCAUUGGGUACAUCGGAGGUACGAGAAGGGAAGGUGCCAACAGUGCGGCAAGUCCUUUCAAUCAAAACUUUCAUUUGGCAGCAAGGAGAUCGUCGCUAUCAGCUGCACCUGGUGCAAAACGGCAUAUCAUAACAAGGAGUCAUGCUUCAGUAUGCAACGGAUAGGGGAGCAGUGCGACCUUGGAGUUCACAUGGACAUCAUCGUCCCGCCGUCGUGGAUCGUCAAGUUGCCCAGGAAGGGCUCUUUCAAGUCGUCAAUACGAAGAUCGCCCAAGAAGAGAGCUUCAACGAAAAAGAAGUCGCGUAAGGAGGGCUGCGGGGAGAAGGACGCGCAGCGGGCGUUUGCCAUUAAGCCGAUCCCGUGCGCCUCGUCCAAGCCCCUGCUGGUGUUCAUCAACCCCAAGAGCGGGGGCAACCAGGGGGCCAAGAUGAUGCAGAAGUUCCAGUGGCUGCUCAAUCCGAGGCAGGUCUUCGACCUCUCCCAGGGAGGCCCCAGCCAGGGGCUGGAGCUGUACCGGAAGGUGAGCAACCUGCGCAUCCUGGCGUGCGGGGGAGACGGCACGGCCGGCUGGAUCCUGUCGGUGCUGGACGAGAUCGGGGUCACCCCGCCGCCUCCCGUGGCGGUGCUGCCGCUGGGCACGGGCAACGACCUGGCGCGCUCGCUCGGCUGGGGAGGGGGCUACACGGAUGAACCAAUUUCGAAAAUUCUGCAAAAUGUUCUGGAGGGUGACAUUGUUCAGCUGGAUAGGUGGGACCUAAUUGUACAUAGGAAUCCAGAGGUGGACAUUUCUCAGUGCGAAGAAGGCAAGGAGGUUGUGCCUUUAAACGUUGUGAAUAAUUAUUUCUCUAUCGGUGUGGACGCUCACAUUGCCUUGGAGUUUCACGAAGCACGCGAAGCUCAUCCGGAGCGGUUCAACAGCAGGCUGAAGAACAAAAUGUUUUAUGGGCAAGCAGGUGGCAAGGAUCUCCUCCAGCGCAAGUGGAAAGAUCUCUGCAACUAUGUGACCCUCGAGUGUGAUGGCCAGGACUAUACUGGGAAGUUGCGGGAACACAAGGUUCACUCCAUCCUGUUCCUCAACAUCCCCAGCUAUGGUGGCGGCACAAGACCCUGGGGAAAUCCGGGCACCACCUUUGAGUCACCGCAAACCGACGAUGGCCUCAUCGAGGUGAUUGGCCUCACCAUCUACCAGAUGCCGUUCCUGCAGGCGGGAGGCCACGGCACCUGCCUGUGCCAGUGCCGCAGCGCUCGAGUGGUGACGAGCAAGACGAUCCCGGUCCAGGUGGAUGGGGAGCCCUGUCGUCUGCUGCCCUCCUACAUCCAGCUGAGCAUGCGCAACAAGGCCUGCCUCGUCGCCAAGGCCAAGAUUCACAACCAAGUGCCAAGCCAUCUGCCACUCGAAAAGCUAACCAUUGCCAUCCGCAAGCUGAACAUGGCGGACUACGAAAACUACCACUAUGACAAAGAGAGGUUACGAACACUUUCGACCCCGAUCGGAACGCUGAGCGUCAAUCCGGACACGGACCUUGAAAACGUUCGGUUACUCAUCAACCAGCUCUGCUCCCUCGAGGGAUCCGAUGGCCAGAACCUGUCGCCAUCCAAGAGGUUUUCUCCAGACUGGUGCUUUCUCGACUCAUGCACGGCGGAGCGGUUUUUCCGCAUCGACCGGGCGCAAGAGAUGCUCCACUACGUGGUGGACAUCAGUCAGGACGACGUGUACAUCCUGGACCCAGAGCAGAGCCCCAUUGCUCCGGAGCCUCCUCCGCCCUCACUUGCAUCGCCCACUCCGCCGCUGCUCGCUUCCCCGCCGGCUGCGGAGACGCCGGCCAUUGAGGGCCCGGCCGGAUCCGUCCUGGUGGAGCUGGCCUCCUCCGAGACGCUCUCGUCGUCUGCCAGCUGCGCUGCGUCUGCCGACGAGGCCCCACUCUUCGGAGGAGUCCAGGAGGAGUCCGCGUGGAGUGGUCCGAUUUCGAAAAGUGAAGGAGGAGUAUCCAGGUUUGCACCAGAACAGAAAUCGUCGACAUCAAACGAAAUAAUUGUUGCUGCCAAAAUGGGGGACCUUCUAAGGCUGCGCCACCUUUGUGACGGCGGUCAGAGCCUCUUGACGCUGGACGACGCCGGCAUGAGUACGCUUCACCACGCGGCGCGCUACGGACACAAAGACCUGGUGCGCUACAUCGUCGCAAGUGCUCCUUCCUCAAUCCUGGACAUAACAGAUCGAGAAAAGGGACAAACUGCCCUGCACAAAGCAGCCGCAUACAAGCGGAGGACCAUCUGCUGUAUGCUGGUGGCAGCCGGGGCAUCACUAUCCAAGGAAGACAGUCAGGGCUUCACUGCAAAGCAGCUGGCAGCCAAGGCUGGAGAUGAGGACUUGGCAGCUUACCUUGAAAGUCAGGAACACUUUGAACGGCUCGUUCAAGACCGCGAGACCGCCGUCUGACAACAGCUGAAUGCUGGCGUCCUCAGCCAUAGGGACGCCGGCCGUUCUUCGGGGCUGACCCACCUCCUCUCGCACCAAGUCCCCACCACGUCACACCCACCAAUGAGAACUCGCUGAAGAACCAGGGCCUUCAAACCACAUCAUCUGAAAACCCACAUUGGCCGUUGCUGCGCGACGUGCCGAGCGGGAGCUGAGGUGCUUCAAAGACAAAAGCAAACAACGCUGGUGGCAAGGUAAUGCUGAAGGUCACCCAAAGGUUAUAACUGUUGCCUUCGACGAACAAGCGUCAUUACUAAAGUUUGAACCACGGGCUUGAGCAUAGCCAAAGGUAACACCGGAUGGACAUUAAAAGAAAAGCAAGCUUAUUUGAAAGUUGUGGGGACCUUCACCAGUCAACCAGCUGCCAGCAUUGCUAAAGUAAUUCCGACAAAGGGCUUGAAUGGGGCCAGAAGCAACAGUCGUAGAAGAGGUCAGAGCAGAGUGUGGAAGGUCGUCUCAAGGUCAAGAUGAAUGCCCUCGGCGAUGACAACCUGUGCCGGUUUAGGUGCGGACACGAGGACGAAACACAGUGUGUGGACCCAGUCCUACUCUGGCACAAGCCCAAGAGAGAACCUUAGAGUUUGCAAGUAUGCGUCAAGGUCGUAGCGAGGUCGUGACAAGGUCGUGGGAGGGGAGACCUCAGCAUGGAUGGCAAGUGGUGAAAAAGUGUUUUGUGCUGUAUGAGGCACCAGCAGAGGCUUACAUUGCAUUUUUGUUUCUUGGUUGUCAUUGUACCCUUUCCGCAGUCAGCUGGGAAAACUCAUGUUGGCCUACUCCUAUGAGCCGGUAGUUUCAUUGAAACGUGAUAAUCCCCGUAUAGUUUCUAUUUAUGUGUUUUAUUGUACAAAUCUUGCAUUAUUGUCUUUCUACUUCCUGUGCACACGCACUAGCAUGGGCAGCAUGCACUAUAUCUAAAUGCACUCUCUCCAAGGACGGGGGUCUUCUAGAUUUUUCCUUCCUAGGCUCUUUGGCAGCGUUUCCUUUCCAAUCUUUCGCGUUGGUGAUCUCCUUUUUUCUUCCCUCUUUCAUCGCUCUUUAUGAGAAAGCAGUUUUCGUCGCUUUCACGUAAGCUUUUAGGGGCUUUGUGCUUUAUUCGUACUUAGGGCAGCAUUAUCUCGCAUUUCUUUAACAUCAAUUCCUUUCGUACGGUGGAGCACUUGCAGAAGAUCUUGUUUCACAUUCUGCUCAUCUUCUACGUCGCCCCUAAGCUUCGAAGAUUCGUUCCAUUCGGUGAGGUAGCAACUCCUAGAGCCUGUGCAGCUAGUUUACUAGUUUUCAGCAGUGUUAUAGUGCGCUGUCCUGGCGGCUUUUUAGAGGCAGGUCGUAACGGGGCAUUUCGGUUCCUGGAAAGCUCCACAACAACCAGAUGUCGGGUGAAUGUCGGGUCAACACGGGAGACGUCGUUUGUCCCAACGGUGCUGUCGGCACGACUGCAGGUCGCACGUCGAGGAGUGCCAUUGGCCCUUUGUUGCUUGAUUGCGGGUUUCGAGAUGAUAGGUCCCUUCCCCCAAUAAUAGCAGCAAGUUCCUGCGUGACACAGAGUUGCUAACACUGUAGGUGCUACCCCGUGUUUUUGCAUGGCCGGAGCCUUUUUAUGACAGGCUGACUUCGCGCCGUAUGUACUGUUGUACAUGAGAGUCUUUGCCGAUGCCCCCCCCCCCCCCCCACCCCACGUCGAAUGCCGUGACGCGGAUUCGACGUCGCACCUUUUUCAUACAUUUGCUGGCAGCACAGAUACUGUAAAUAAUAUAGUAUUGCACACAUAAACAUGCAUGUGUAGGGGCAUCUAAAAGUAGCGCAGGAUGCUGACUUUGUUUCUGUUUUUUUUUUAAAUGUCUCGUUUUAUUCUGCUUUGUUAAAAGUGGCGGUUUGAAUGAGCGAGGCACGUUUUAUGUAUUUUUCACUUGGGCAUUUUGCGGUUGGAAUGCGUAGCCUUUUGAGUGCGAGAUUGGCACAUUUCGACAUAUCAUUAGCUAUUCUACGUGAGAACAUGGCUGAUUGAGCCACAGCUGUGGGUGUAUUGAAUUGAAAAAGAAGCAAUUGGGAGUGUGGUAGUUAGUUAUAUGUGACUUCUAUUGGCAACUGAAAAGAAAAUGAAAUGAUGCCUUAAAAGUAUGAUGAAAUGACUGUCUUGCGGUUAUUGUAAACCCUUCUCAUUCAUCCGGCACAGAGUGCGCUUCAGUCUUAGUUUAGAUAGACAAAUCAAAGAAAUUUAACAAACAAAAUUUAAAAUCAAGGUAGAUUUUUUUUUCCUUCUCAUCUGCUUUUGUUUCCCACAACGUGCGGUCAUGCAUAAGCAAUGCGGGAAUUAACUAUUUGUGGUCGAUGACUUGUUCAGUCAGGCUUACUGGAGUCAUCAAUCGGUUCACAGAGCCUCAGAGGUAAAAUAGAAGGGGAAACCAAAAAACCUGCCGCCGGUAGCCAACAGAAAGUUAAAAUGUUGUUAGAUACAUUAGCGUAAUUUCAUGAGGGAGGGAAGGAAGAUUAAUCAGACUACCACCAUCAGCAGUCAUUUCAUAGUCCCUUUUGCAUUCUGCUGUCAUCCCAAGAAGGGGAGGGGGGUUGAAAAAGUGAAUUGUCAAUCACUACUUGAGUUGAUUACUCUUUAUUUUUUUUUUAUUUUUUUACUUUUUGACGGAAGUUGACUUUAUAACUCGUGUGACAAAAACAUGCAUACUUGCCCAUCCCAGCUUGGAUGCCGUGCAAGCAGCUGAAACGCCAUCGGAGAUUUCGUAGCCCAAAAGGUGGCAGGUUCCGUGUUUGGGUUCUCAGCUUUUCUUUUUUUUUUUUUAUCAGACUGCAGCCUUAAUGUGACUAGUCUUGGCUCACUUCCGUUCACGUUGAGCAGCCAUGACUAUUGCUCGAGGGUGGAGUUUGUUUGGCCCUUGCCAAAACGGUCUAAGUCAAAACUGUGUUUUGUUUCCUGAUCUUGUUUUCGUCGCUCGCUGUGCUUGACUUGCCAACACUGGUCUAGUGCAGCGAGCUGCCCUUCGAGGCAGUAUCCCAUUUGUUCUGAUGAAUGACGAUGUCAUUGCUGUUCCUGCCCAAUUAACUUGCCGAAGAUCUGUACAAGCCCAUGUGACACGUUGGAGUUGGUAAAGAAGCACUUGGGACACUAGAGUUACAGCAUGUGGACACAAGAAUUCUUGUAUCCCUUUUGACGGGUUUCUUUUGUGUUAACCCGCACCAGUGACAUCCCCACUUGUCUGGACUGAUUGCAUUCUCGUUUUUGUGUUUUAGCGAGAACUCUGACAGUUGCUUUCUGGGUAUCCGUUGAGUUUGUUUAUUUUGUCUUCCAAUGAAUUUCACGGAAGGAAACAUAGCAAGUUGUGGGACCAAGGGGGAUACAUGGCCUACAAUUCUGGUAACGUGCAACUGUCGUGGGGGGCAUUCUGAUAUUCGGCGGGAGAGACGAUUUUCUGAUGUAUGCUUCAAUAACAAUGCAACCUUGAAAAAAAAAAAAAAAAAAAAGCAGAAUUUGGUCACUGUUUCUUUUGUUGUUUCACUUUAUUCUGUUUUAGGGUGGGCUGUAAUGCGUCCGUGCACACUUGCCACAACGUUCACUCAUUCACUCGAGCCAGUCCCUGCACUUGCGAGGACAAAGAUGCAGCGGCGACGUGUUUGCUUAAUAAUCACUGUGUGACACAUAUGCCAAAAACUUGCCACAGGAAGUUGCCCAGGCCAGUGGUAUGUCCUCGAAAACCCCUCUCUACCAAAGUGUACAUGUACAUAUUAUAUAUAUAUAUAUAUACACAAAAGAAAGCCAUACACAUGACCACUUUAGGUACGUCUAUAGGGCAAACGUUCUCCUCCGAGUACAAUAAUUGGUGCAACUUCCGCCCUUUCUCUUUCAAAGACCACACACGUUAGCUGGUCGGGGAAAGGUGUGUGGCAACCUUGGGUUUUCUGCCCCGUUGUUACGGUGACUUGCACUCUCGGAGAAGCAGACGACGAAAAGCUGCAUUCUCCGCGAAACGUCACCGAAGGUUGAGUGUAGCCAUUCUAGCUCUUUUCUUUGGACAGUUAGUCGUUCUGCCAGUUGCCUGCGUGAUUUUUUUUUUCGCCUCCCUAAGCUUGUUACUGUUGUCACUGUUGUAGGGUUGACUUUGCCGAGAACAAGUUGAUCUAAUAACGUUGGCCGAGUCGCAGUGUUGCGUGCGUGAGGUGGGCCCAACGACCUAUACUGCACCGCCCUUUUUCUACAGAACUGACAGCACGGGCAUUCUUUUUUUUUUUUUUUUAAUAAGGAAACAAAAAUUUUGUGACUUUCUCAAAGUUUUUUUUUUAUUUUUUUGCUUUUAAUGGUAUUGUUGCUUCGCGGUUACCAUGAACUGAAGCCCACUAGAAGUGGCGCCAUUUUUGUGAAAGACGCAUGUGUGAUGUCGCACGGCUAUCAUGUUCAUCAUCAACUGGCAGCCAUGACUUUAAGCAGCAAGAUGGCUGCAGUGUCGUUACUGUCAAGCGUAGCCUACUUAGUAGCUCUAAUGGUGACAGGUGUGCGACGUCACAUGCGAGCUUCUCUGACAAAAAAGUGCAGCGCACGAAGCAGUAUUCUUACCCACUUGUCGGUUGUUUUCUUUUAUAGUCUUUCUUUUGCCCAAAGUUGUUUGAGUGCAAAAUAAAAAAAGAAAAGAACUCAUCACAGCAGAAGGAUGCGAUCAUGUGCCGCACGCAUUGUUUGUUGGUGCAAGUACAUUGUUACCAAAACAGAAAGAAAGACGACUUCGUAGGGGCACUUUGUAUCCUGUCGAAACUGCCCGCAGGUUCUAUUUUUCCUCACCUGCAUGUGCUUUAAGCAGUCAUCUCUUCUCGAACGGUGUAAUGCUGCGGACGCAAAUCCCCCGAAGAAAAUAUACUGGCGUUUCUCAAUGGUCUACAGUAGUUGGCCGAUACGACCUCGUUUGCAAAGACGGUGGACGACUCGUUUCUUUUUUUAAAUCUCGACAUUCGAGCGCUGAUUGCAUUUCUUGUUGGGAUUGGGCCGCCUAAAACUUUUUGCACAGUCGGUACUGGCUGUUGAUGUGUGUUUGAUUUUUGCUACGUGCUUGCGAUUUUUUCUUACCAACACGGUUCAAAGGCUGCGCAAUUUAUUGACGACUGCUUCUCUGGGUUCCUCGACAGAAACUCAUUAAUCCCUUGGUGGGUGCAAAGGAAGCCUGCGUUUUUGUUUGUUACUAUUUCCGUUGUUUUCCCUGCAAACGAGUGAGAGAAAAUAAAUUUUGAAAUACAGGAGGGACCAAA